AUGUUAAAAAUCAUUAAGUUGAGUUAGAUAGCAUUCAAUAGAAGAUCAACUUUAUUUUUAGGAGGGAUGACUUGCGUAAGUCUUUAUUAUGCAGGUUAUCAAAGGUUUAAGAAAGCAUAGUUUUCUUCUCUCUAUGAAAAUCUAGAAUUAAAAUAAGUAUUAGAAUUUAUUAAUUUAAGGAUUAUUAAUAAGAAUAUUUAAAGGGUCAUUCUAAUAUUGUAAGAGGAUUUUGGAAUAAGGUGAUUUAUUAUGGAAAAUUGUAAUUUAGAUUUCUAUAAUUGAUCUUAACUUUUACUCCUCUUAUAUUAUUUUUUCCUUUGGCCCUACUUUUCAAAUCAUGGUUGUAUAAGUAUUGGCUGAGAUUAUUAAUUAAGACAUUAGAGAUAGUAAGUUCUUAUUAUAUAAGGCUGGUCCAUUAUGGAUGAAAUUGGGAUAAUGGGCAAGUCAUAGAGGAGAUGUAUUUGGCUAUGAAGUUACUUAAGAGUUAAGUAAAUUAAGAGAUUCAGCUACACCUCAUAUCUACUAAUAUACAAAAAAAUCUUUUGAAGAAGAAUUCAAAUAAAAGAUUGAAGAUGUUUUCGAUAGUUUUGAUAAAAAUCCAAUAGCAUCAGGAUCAAUUGGUUAAGUUCAUAUUGCAUACAAAAAUGGUGUAAAAUAUGCAGUAAAAGUUAGACAUCCUAAAAUAGUGGAGAAGCUUGAGUUAGAUUUAACUAUUUUAUAUGUUAUAUCAAAUAUUUUAAGCUCGACUCAACAGAUAUUUAGAAGAUUGGCUAUGCCAGUUACUUUUCAAGAAUUUAGUGUAACUUUAAUGAAUUAAGCAGAUCUUUCAUUUGAAGCUAAGAAUCUUCAAAUAUUUGAACAAAAAUUUAAAGAUUCAAAAAAUGUUAUCUUUCCUAAAAUACUCAAAUAAUAUAUAUCUAAAAGUGUAAUUGUUGAAACAUUUGAAGAAGGUGUAUCUUUGUCUGAAUUUAUGAAAUUGGAAAGAACUAGAGAACAUAGAGUAGCAGCUAAUUUAGGAUUAAAAGCAUUUUAUAAAAUGUUAAUCUAUGAUAAUUUUAUACAUGCAGAUCUUCAUUCAGGCAACAUUUUAGUAAGAAUUAAAGAUAACAAUACAUCGAAAUUUGAUUAAUUUAAAAAUAUGAUAGAGGAGGGAUUUUAUGAUUUAGUUGAGGAUGCGGCAGAAUUAAUUGUACCUCUGUUUGAGAGAUUCAUUUUAAAGAAAUCAGUAAAGGUAAUUAAUAUAAUAAAUAUAAUGAAAAUAGGUUUCAAUAUUGGAGAGAGAGAAAAUAUUUGAUGAAUAGUAAUUUUGGAAUUUCUUAAGGUAGACAGAUUACAAUUAAAAAAGUUUAGAUUUAGUAUUUAUAGAUCCAGGAAUGGUUACAAUAUUGAAUUAAAAUGAUAGAAUAAAUUUUAUAAAAAUCAUAAUGUUUGUGGCUUUAAGAUAACCAAAAGAAUGCGGAUAAUUAAUGUUAAGUUUGGCAUCAUAUAAUACAUAGUUGAAAGAUGAAAAGAAGUAAAAGUUUUUGAAAGACAUAGAGGAUUUAUUUGGUGAGGUUUGUAAUGCACCAUUAGCAAAAAUGGAUUUAGGUUUAAUAUUUAAGGGAAUGCUUGAGAUAUUAAGAUCAAAUGGUCUUGCAAUAGAAGGUCAUUUUGCAACACUUUUAACAAAUAUGAUGAUAUUAGAGGGUAUAGGAAAAGAAUUGGAUCCAAAGAUUAAUAUAGUAUCUAAGGCAGCAUCAUUUCUUCUUUAGAUAAGAACAAUUGAUAGUACAAUAAAUGAAUUAAUGAAUAUAUCAUAAUGA